ACUUCCCCAACCUUUGAAUGUGUCUCUCACUAUUCAUUUCUUCAAUUGAUUCGAUCUGUAGCCGGUCCUUCAUUCAAGAAUCAAAGCAGGUCAUGUUUAGUGUCGUUCUCUCAACAACAAUGCUGUGAGCCGAAAGAGAAAUGUGCAGUCUUAAGGGACCUUUUAUUUUCAUCAUCUUGUCUCUUACUUUAAACUCCCUGGAAGCAACAACACCGGUCAAGAGCCACCAUCUGGAAAAAAGGAAGUGCAACACCGCCACUUGUGUGACCCAACGCUUGGCAGACUUCCUGGUCCGGUCCAGCAACACCAUCGGAACCAUCUAUUCGCCUACCAAUGUAGGGGCCAACACUUACGGGAAGAGAGGCAGAGAAGUUCCCAACUAUCUUCAGCUUUAAGAAUGCAAGAUGGCCACGGUGGCAGCUCUCGCUAGAAAUGGCUCUUCCUGUCUCUGGUUUUCAUGUUAUAAAGUCCUGGUCCUCUCCGUUUUCCAUUCAUUUUGUUUCAGCAAGGCUGACACCUCAGCCAGAGGCUUGAAAAUUGGGUUGUCUGGGUCACUGCUUUGAUCACUGGCUGCCUGCUUAUAUCUCGCAGUGCCUUGUUUCCCACAUGUGUAUUUGAUGGAUGUGAUUUCCAUGAAUUUAUCACACUGCUUUGCUGGAAAAUGAUCUGCCAAGGGGGGUCCCUGUGGGUGACGCUCUGUCUGUUGCCGACGCCAUACUUGCGAAAUCCCUCUGUUAAAAAAAAAUAAUAAUCAGGGGGAGGGGAAAGAUGAAUAA